AAGGGACAUCAGCGAAAACUGGGGGGCAAAGGCUGCGUAAGCGGAGGUGAGCAGAAAGAAGGUGCAGGGCGACCCACUAGGCGCUGGCUGAGCUCCCUGGCUCGUCUUGGCAUUGGCCUUGCUAGGCGACAAAUGAAUGUGUCCCGGGAAGCUGGCUUUGCACGGUGCGCGCUGGCCAGCGCCUCACCUGCUUGUCCCCAGCCGGCAGCUCCCGCUGAGUUCCGGGGCGCUGGAAGGGUUCGCACCUUCCUUUCACUUUCUCAGGCCGCCCAACCUGACACCUGGGGACAGGACUACAGGUCCCACCACGCUUGCGAGGCAGGAGGAAGAAGGGGCACUGAGGGCCGAAAAGGAAAACAAGGAGAAGAAGAAAACCUUACCUGCUGGCAGAGGUCCAUUCUAGGUGGCAAGAGCCAUGCAGUUCUCCAGCUUAGCCAGGGCAGCAGAUGAGAACUUUGACUAUUUGUUCAAGAUUAUCCUCAUCGGAGAUUCCAAUGUGGGCAAGACAUGUGUGGUGCAGCAUUUCAAAUCCGGGGUCUACACAGAGACACAGCAAAACACAAUUGGGAUGCAGGUGUGGGACACCGCAGGCCAGGAGCGAUUCCGGACCAUCACCCAGAGCUACUAUCGCAGUGCCCACGCAGCCAUCAUCGCCUAUGACCUCACCCGGCAGUCCACGUUUGAGUCUAUUCCCCACUGGAUUCACGAAAUAGAAAAAUAUGGAGCAGCAAACUUGGUCAUUAUGCUAAUCGGGAACAAAUGUGACAUGUGGGAAAAGCGGCAUGUUCUGUUUGAGGAUGCUUGCACACUGGCUGAGAAGUACGGCCUCCUUGCUGUUUUGGAGACAUCUGCCAAGGAGUCCAAGAACAUAGACGAAGUCUUUGUGCUGAUGGCCAGGGAGCUGAUCGCCCGCAACAGCCUGCACUUGUGUGGGGAGAACGCCCUGAACAACCUCCCCCUGGAUUCCAGUCCAGUUCUUAUGGCUCAGGUUCCAAGUGAAAAGACCCAGUGCACAUGUUAAAUAUGUUCAUGAGGCCAGUUGCACCCCCCAGAGGCCAUCUCUGAAACCAGAGGUAUCUGCUGAGAAGCAUCUCAGACCACAGCAUAGACUAGCUGCUAGUCCUGAAUCUUCCCCACCUCCGUUCACCCCAGCAGCCGUACUGCUGACUCUGAGGAAGGGGGCACCACUUGUGUUAUGGGUCUUUCCUGGGACUUAAGGCUCGGGGGUAGUAGGACAAGGUUUGCUCUUUUUCAUCUUUCCCUUUUCUGUCUCCUCAGCCCUUCAACUGUUUUCUACUGUAUUUGACUUCUUGCUUGAAGAAGAUGGUAGUGAAGGAAAGAGGAGGAAUAUCAAGACAGGGGAAAGGAUGUUUGGAACAUUCUGGAGCAGUUAAAAACAGCUCAGGCAUGGGAGGAUGGGAAAAGCCUGCAAUGAGAAACCAGAAUGCCGCUAAUGUUUGCUUCCUGACAUUCACACCUUGGGUCUUUCAUUUGGGAGCAAAGCCUUUUGACAUAAAGACCAUAAAUACUAUCUUGCCAAAUGGUCAGGAGCCAUGUGAUAGAGAGAGAAUUACAUUUCACUUUAUCCUACUUGGGCUCCUAUCCUACUUGGGCUCCUUUGAACACCCUCCUAGGAUGCAGGAGACACAUAUAAUCUCUUUCUAAAAACACCAAAUUAGCUGUAGGAUCAGAAGUCUUUCUGAAUUGAAAUGAAAUUGGCUCAUAUAUGACCAUCAAACCAAUACUGACCUCACCUUGUGGCCCUGGGCAUGCCCUGUACCCUGCAGAACUUGUAAGUAAUAAACCUUGUUUUCUCAAA